AUGAGCGAACAAUUCGGAAGCGAGCGUGUCGAUGUGAUGACAUCCACCGGGGACAAAAGUGGCAUCGAACAGCAUCGAGCGCAUGCCCGGGAAAUGGUGAUCGGGGAUGACCUUUCCGCUUGUGCUGGAUUCGACGCCGAGACGCUGCCGGCCGAUGGUGAAGACGAAGGAGCCCUAUUUCUCCAAUGCGGUUUUCAUGCCUCUGUACGAGUUGAGGUCGAAUCCGUCUGCGACCAGGAUGGCAAUGCGUCGGGUCUUGAUGAUGGGUUCGGCGACUUGGAAUUCCAGUUGGCCGAUGCAUUUUCUUUUUGGCCCUUGUUUUGUCUGGAUGGGCUGUGUCGUAGCAGGCCGGCUAGCAGAAAACCCAAACGUCUCUACAUUGGUGAUUGA